AUGAUGACAUCUGCAGCGUUUGUCAUCUACUUGACGCUUUUGAGUCUUGGGUACAUUGCUCAGACAGUUGCUCUGACAUCAUCUUCAUCUGAUCAUCAUGAGAGACAAGAAACUGGAGAGAAUCUGACUUUACAGUGUUCCGUCGGUCAUCAUAACUCCAUUGUGUUUUAUUGGUUCAAGCAACGUUUUGGAGAGAAACUGAGACCCAUCUGUUCUUUCAACAAAUAUGUAACUUUAAACAGUUUUUUUGGUGAGUUUCAGAAAAAUCCACGCUUCAAACUAGGUACUCAAAAUGGUAGAAAUCAUUUAAAAAUCUCUGAUUUACAAAUGUCAGACUCAGCUACAUAUCACUGCAUAGCUUGCAGAUCAUAUGAAAUUAAAAUUCUAGCCACCAUCACAGUCAGUGUGAAGGGUUCAGGUGUGAGCGUCCCAGCUCUGGUCCAUCAGUCAGAGUCUGAAACCAUCCAGCCAGGAGGCUCUGUGACUCUGAACUGUACAGUCCACACUGGGACCUGUGAUGGAGAACACAGUGUUUACUGGUUCAGAAACUCUGAGGAAGCUCAUCCAGGACUCAUUUACACCCAUGGAGGCAGGAAUGAUCAGUGUGAGAGGAACCCUCACUCACACACUCACACUUGUGUCUACAACUUGAACAUGAGGAGCCUGAAUCUUUCUCAUGCUGGGACCUACUACUGCGCUGUGGUCUCAUGUGGACACAUACUGUUUGGAAACGGGACCAAGCUGGACUUUGGAGAUGAGGUGAGCUCUGGUGUCUUGGUGUAUUCUCUGAGUGGAGCUUUGAUAUCUGCAGUUAUCCUGAUAGUUGUCCUGGCCUUCUUAUUGUACAAGAUGAACAAAAGAAUCUGCUUCUUAUCUCAAGAGAUACAAGCAAGAUUUUCAGCUCCCUCCACAACAAACAUGGAGGGUAACAGAGGAGCAGACGACGUCUGUUAUGCCGCUGUGAACGUUAACAUGCCCAACACAUCAAGAAGACAGAGAAACACAGCCAGAGAUGAAUGUGUGUAUUCCAGUGUGAGGCAGUAGAAGUCACCAUGGUUCAUCUUUUACUACGUCACUUUAAACUGAUGUUGGAUCGAUAACAUUUUCAGCAAUGUGACCUCGGUGAAUCAGAAAUGUUGUUGAGUGUGUGGGGUUUGUAAAUUAAUUUUGUAUGAUUGGAGAGUUAACAAAAUCAUUUUUCAAAUCAAAGUUCUCUCUUUAUUGAGGAUAUUUUUUAGAAAAAUGUAUUUCAGUAUCCUUUUUUUGGGGUAUUUUAUUGUCUUUAUUUUAAACAGUUUCAAACUAAGGCAAACCGCUUUUAGGACUACACCCCAGAGAAACCAGCAGUCCUAGACCAGCUUUUGUGCUUGUGUUAUUGAUUAAAACAAAUAUCAACCAUAUCUUUCUUAACUGUGAAAUAACAGUAAUUUAUGUUCUUAUUAAUUACACUUUAUUUUUGCUUUUUAAGGAUGUAGA